UGACCGCACCCGCCAUACCACAGCACCACUCGUUCCGUUGACCAUGGCCAUGACCACCGGCUCAUCAACACCGACCCAGAACCCGAGCUCAUCGAGCUUCAAUCGACAUCUGACCAGCUUGGACUUCUCCAUAUUCAAGACAUACCUCGUCCGCUCCCUAACCGACCAGCUCGAUAACAUCCUCGGCCCAAAGACUAUCAUCAUCGACCCUGUCCUGGCUGGCCCGCUUGGCUUGGUCACUCAGGUCGGAAAUCUCAAGGAGCAUGGGGUCGACAAGCUUUUUUGGCUCGAAAAAGGUCCACUCGGGAAUGCCGGAACUGCCCAGAAUAUCGUCUGGGUUUGCCAGCCGAUGGUCAGCGCAAUGAAGUUGAUUGCACAGCAGAUCUUAUCCCUCCCCGCCCGCUCGUCAAAUUCGUACACGAUCCUGAUGACCCCCAGGGCUACCCAAAUAUCUAAGAAUGCGUUAUCCGAAGCUGGUGUACUAGGAAGUGUCGAAGUCAAAGAAUUCGAUCUGAAUUUUGUGCCAUUAGAGAAGGACGUCUUCAGUUUAGAAGAAGAAUUCGGCGGUUAUAGUCAAAUCUUCGCGGAUGGUGAUUUGAAUCCGAUUUACAAUAUGGCCCGAGCCAUUAUGACCAUCCAGCGUGCGUUUGGCUUGAUCCCUAGGUUGAUUGGUAAAGGAACUGCGUCACGAAAACUAGCAAAUUUGCUGCAUCGUCUCAAGUCUGAAUACGUAUCAUCACCAGGUCAUGGUACAACCAUGCCAAAGCUGACCCCUGGCUCAAUCGAUUCUAUCAUCAUCCUCGACCGGCAACUUGAUAUGGUGACCCCCAUGUGUACCCAACUGACCUACGAAGGCCUUCUCGACGAGAUUUUCGGAAUUAAACACGCACACAUCGAGGUUGCCCCCGACCUAUUGGCUCCCUCUACACCCGUUGCUGGCAACACCGCCCACUCGAUCCCUUCUUCGUCUACCUCCCAAACCUUUCCACAGGUUGCUAAGCGAAAGAAACAUGUACUCAGUUCAUCAUCAGAUCCGAUCUUUUCUGAACUUCGGGAUCAAAACUUCUCUAUCGUCGGCAACUCCUUGAAUCGGAUCGCUAAAAGGAUCAAUAUGGAUUACGAGAGACGGAACGAGGCUCGGACAGUCCAGCAGAUUAGGGAAUUCGUCGGCAGAUUGCCUGAACUUCAAAAUGAACACCAAGCUUUGAGAUUACACACCGGACUAAGUGAACAAAUCAUGACAACUACAACUAGCGAUGAGUUCAACCAAACUCUGGAGAUCCAGCAGAAUCUGGUAGCUGGUCUAGAUUUAUCAGGCCAAGAGAAGGCGAUCAGUCAAUUAAUAGAUCAAGAAGUGCCAUUACGAACGAUCUUGCGUUUACUCUGUUUAUAUUCUUCGGUAUCCGGAGGGAUCAAGCCCAAAUCAUUUGAGAGCUUAAAACGAGAUCUUUUGCAGACAUACGGCUAUCAACACGUGAACCUACUGAUCAAGCUAUCCACACUAUCCUUACUAAGCUCGACGACAACAGGAGGGCCGAGCUCGGUACCCGGCUCGAUCAUGUCGGGUAUGACCCUGAUCGGUGGUCGGUCGGGGUUCUCUGGGGCUAGGAAACCGUUGAAAUUGAUAGUCGAUGAGCUUGAUGGACCCGAGCCUAAUGACAUCAGUUAUAGUUAUUCUGGUUAUGCUCCUCUGAGCGUCCGGAUCAUCGAGUCGAUCUGCUUCAAUAAAUCCUUGGGCUGGAAGAGCUCAGUCGAAGAACUCUUGAAAAGCUUCCCCGGUGAGGCUUUUGAUGAGCGGCAAAUUGACGCCGAUAGCUCAGAUGGUCGACCUUCUUCGAUAGAUCCCAUCCCAACAACCAUCAUAUGUUAUUUAGGAGGAAUCACUUAUGCUGAAAUCUCUUCAUUAAGAUUCACAUUUAGUAACCAUAACCAAAACAACUCAACCAACAAACGAAAGUUGAUCAUCUUGACCACCGGGAUCAUCAAUGGUAACCAAGUCUUGAGUUCCUUAAUGCCUGUCGAAACUCGCAAUUAAUCAUUACCCUCACCCCAUCCCCCCCCCUUUUUUUGAGUGUUUUUCAUCCUUUGCAGACGUUUGUAUGAUGUUCUAGGCUGUUUGAAUUUAAAUCCCAAAUGUAUUUUUUUCAUUUCUGGGAGCAAAAUAAC